AGUGAAAUAGUGACGGUGAUUUGUUGGCUGAAGCCAUCUUCAAGGUUCAACUAUUAUAAUAUGGUGGUGGUGAUGGUGUAUGUUCGUCGUCGUCGUGUGUAAUGUGCAUAUGCAAUCAAUGGAAUUGUCAAGUUAUUACAUAGCAGGAGAAAAGUGUGUGUGAGUGGUUAAGUGUUUAGUGUGGUGUAAAGUGCGACAGUGGAGAUACAUUUGUGUUAGAACGCGCGUGUGCGACACUCACUAACUAACCGGAAACACAGAACAUACAAAAAUCGAAGAAGAAGGUUUUAGCAUAUGCUUUAAUGUCGAUCAAUAUUUACUGCUGAAAUACCAAGGAUUGUGAAACUCUCUCUGCUGCUGAACGGUAUCCAUUAUCUGACUAAGGAGACAAUCGUAACGGUAACGGAAAUACUGGGUGUUUUAUUUUAAAGGAAGGCGAAAACAAAAAACUAACAACAUGUCAGAUAUUGGAAGCGGCGAUGGUGAUCUUGGGGGACCAAAAUACAAUGCCGCAGGUAGCAGCAUGGAGGGAGCUGGAAGAUGUGAUUUUGAUCCGUCGGUAAAAACUCCUCAGGGUCAAACCGAACAGGAGUUGGCUACUAAAAUGUUGCAAAUACAAUCGAAACGUUUCUAUUUAGACGUUAAACAAAAUCGUCGUGGACGUUUCAUUAAAGUGGCUGAGAUUGGAGCUGACGGUAGACGUAGUCAAGUCUAUUUAGCUUUAUCUACAGCCGCCGAAUUUCGUGAUCACCUAUCGACAUUUAGCGACUAUUAUGCUUCUUUGGGACCACCGAAUCCCGAUAAUUUACCCGAAGAUGGUAAACUUAAAUCGGAAAUGAUGACCAAGGAUAAUAGACGUUAUUAUUUGGAUUUAAAAGAGAACGCCAGAGGACGUUUUCUAAGGGUUUCUCAAACAAUUACACGGGGUGGUCCCCGUUCUCAAAUUGCUAUACCAGCCCAGGGUAUGAUCGAAUUUCGCGAUGCUCUCACCGAUCUUUUGGAAGAAUUUGGUACCAAUGAUGGCGGAUUUAAGGGAGAUCUGCCUGAAGAACGUCACAUGAAAGUAGAUAAUAAGAAUUUCUACUUUGAUAUUGGUCAGAAUAACAGAGGCGUUUACAUGCGUAUAAGUGAGGUGAAAUCAAAUUUCCGUACAGCUAUAACUGUACCCGAAAAGUGCUGGACACGUUUUCGUGAUAUAUUCAAUGAUUAUUGUGAAAAAAUGAAAAAAUCGUCCGAAUCGCCAUCGUCAAUCACUGCCGAUAAUAACACCAUACAACAGCAACAACAGCAGCAGCCACAAGCCAAAUAAAUGUGCAAUGGUGGCGCAUUAAAUUAAACACAGCAAAAUAACAAAAUGCAUAAAAACAAAUAAUUGGAAGACCGGAUUAGUGACAAUUUAGAGCAAAGAAGAAACAAAACAAAAAAUAAAGGAAAAGGAUUGAAACGUAAUCAGAUGUAGUAGUGGGAAACAAUUGACAAUGUCAUUAUUACUGUUAUAAUCUAUUACAUUAGACACUCUAUACACAACCACACACACACACACCAACAUUCAAUGCAAAACGACACACACAUACACAAGUUAACCAAAAAAUAAAUAAUAAUGAAAUCUUGUGUUAUAACUACAGAUGAAUCCAUGAAACAGUAACAGCUUCAUUUGUUAAUAAUUAUUAACAAUUGACUAUUUUUAAUAAUAAUUAUAUAGAAACAGAAAACCGAUAAAUGAUUUUAACCACUCUGUUGACAAUUAUCUUUUUAAUUUUACCACAUAUUAUAUGAAGAAAAAAAAAUAUGAAUCUAAAUAAUAAUGAUGAUAAAGAUGUUAAAUAACAUGAUGUACUACUGUUAAGCUUAACACUUCGAUAGAUAUGUGUCGUGCGUGAAUUUAGGAAUACAUCGUAAAAUGCAACCUGUAAUUAAACAAAGAAAAACAAAAAGAAACAAACAAACAAAAAAACCUAAUGUUCAAAUCUUAAAACGAGGCGAAACGAUGAGUUAAAAACACUAACAAAAAGAAAUAAAGCUGAUUGGCUAUAGAUAAAUUACCUUUAGGAAUCAGACCAUUUUUAGACCGACAAACACCCCCCUCCCACUUAUAACAAAUAGGAAUACAAACACCACAUACAUACAUACUAUAAAAGAAAUAAAAAUAGCAAACCAAAUUUCACUUACCCACCUUGUAUCAAAUAUGUGUUAUUGCUCGCUAUCCUUUCAAGGCCAGCAGUACACAUUUGAGAGAAAACGAACGAAAGCAAACAAAAAAACAAUAAA